AUGAGCCAGAACCCUGAGAUCAAGAGACAGGAUAUAUUAACGACCUCGUCCGGUCCGAAGCCUUGCUCCCUUCCUACCCACAGAUACACCACCAACCUUACUGGUCUUGAAGUUCAACUCGAACAAGACAUUCCGUUUACUCUAGAAGACCUCCUUACCGCCUUUUCAUCCAAACCCCUUGCUCAAAGGUCAUUUUGUUCCCGCACUCCAGCAACAAACAUGUCAUCACGUUCGGGCCGUUCAGGGGGGUCAUCGAGCCACCACCGCAGCUCCAAGAGCAGCAAAAAGCCAAGGGCGGUUCAACGUUCGAUCCAGCAACUGAUCGAAUCCCUCGAGACACACCGCGUCAACACGCUGACGGAGCUCUGCCGCAUCGAGCGUGUGGCGGCGACGUGCGAGAAUGAGGAAGACGCCCUAGCCUUCCAGGGCCCCAUGACCUCGGCCUGGGACUACUAUGUCAACAGCAACCAGUUCCUGACGGAGCUUCGCGGCCUGACGCGCAGCUACCCGCUUUGCAGCGAUAUUCUCUACGACGCCCACAUACGCGUGCGCAAUGACCCGGACUCCAAUAAGAGCUGGAACCUCGCGUGGCUAUGCCUCAUGAAGAUCCAGGAAGACGGUCUAGUUUCCGGGUACGCCGCCCUCGAGGCCGCGAAGCCCGAGAUGUGGGGAGGUCGCGAGCCCUCGGCGGACGAGGCGGCGCAGCUCGGCGCGUGCUUCGAGUACGAGUGGAACAAGGCCGUCGACACGAUGCUCCGGCACUGGUCCAUCCCGCCGACCUGGUACUGA